AUGAGGACGACGCAAAACACGAUGAACGUGAUGUUGAACGGGAGACAGAGGAGGAGACAGAGGAAAAGGAAGGACAACAGAGGUGCGAAUAAAACUGCGUGUUCCUCCUCUUCUUCCUCCUCUUCUCCGUUAUCAUCCUCUUUCGACGACGACGACGAGGAGAUCUCAAAAAAUCUAACCGCAACGCUCGAUGAGCUUCUGGUGCCGUUUUUAGCCCUGAGACGAGGCUCGAGGUUCGCGCACCAAGAGUUUGUGAUGGCGGCGACGGAGGCGUACGACGAGGCGAUUUCGCUGGGGAAGUUGAAAACGGAAACGUACGUGUUAGGUUUGAACAGCAAUAUCAGCAGUAAAAGUAGUAAAAGUAGUAAUAACGGAUCGUUAGGGACGAGCGAACAAGAGGCGUUUUUGAGUCAUCUGAGCAUGGUGUAUUGCACGCUGCAUUACAUGGGACGAGCUUCGAAGAAAACGGACGCGUUUUUAGUCGAUCCGGAGAAAGAUAAGGAACUUAAAGGGAUUUUGGGGUACAUUAAAAUGACACACACGAACCGAGACGAAAACGGAAUCACGUUGAAACGCAUGGAGUUUGAACAAAGACGAGUGCUGAACGCGAGCGAACCGAACGAAGAUCCGAGAAAGUAUUCGAAAUGGGAUAAUUCGAGCGGGAGGAAUCCGAACGCGAAAGUGAACGACGUGAGACAGAUAACGCCCGGAAUUCUGUUGAUGCGAACGAACGCGAGAUUGAGUUUACUCGCGAAAGAGAUGGUGGAAGGACCGGAAGGGAGGAAGAAGGAUUUGCCGGAGGUUUCCGAGGACGAAGGAGAAGCUGUCCCGACCGCAACGACGACGACGACGACGAGUCGAACAAUAGAACCGCAAUUGGCUUUAGAAUGGAGCUUCAGACCUACAAACGAUCCUGAGUUGUUGUUGAAACGAACUCUCGCCGCGAGAGCUUUAACUGCGUUUUUUUCAGUCUUGACUGCGCACCCGAAAGGCUUGAAGGCGUUUUCGUUAGCGUGCGUAGAGGCGUACGAGGCGAACAUUUCCGCAGAGGAGCUCGUGCAAUCCGUUACUGCGGCUGAGUUUGAUUGCGAAGCGACGACGAGAGGCAUGUUUGGUAAAGGUGCGGACGCGCCAAAACUCUUUGCCGGGUUCGUUUCUGCGGCGUAUUUAACCGCCGAGUACCGAUUAGAACAGGAAAACAAACAACAGACGGAGAAGAAGAAAACCUUUGCGUUUGCGAAUCCGCCUCGAUGGGAAGAGAUUGAUUUAUCUUCGAGCAACGGUCAAGACGAUAUCGAGUCUAGGAAGAAAGGCAACGCGUACGAUUAUAACUUUGAGUUCGACGAAGGGAGACAGAUUAAAUAUUUGGAAGGUUUCAAAACCUCCAUCGCGCGAUGGGUAUCGAUCGGCGAAAAGGAACUCUUCGCGGACGUUUCCAUCAGCUUGUCCGUGGACGAAGACAACGACGAGUAUGAUUUCGAUGCCGCGUUUAAAACAGCCGCGGCGAAACAACGUCAAAACAUGGCGGGGGCGCCUUUUGCCGAUGACGACGAUUCUCUUUCCUCUUCUUCGACGUACCAACCAAGCGAAGACGACGAACCGGUUUUAGACGUCAACGCGCUUUACGCCAAACUCUUGUUCGAGGUUUCCGGAUACAUAGGAAACCAAAGCGACCAACCAAAAGUGGCUGCGCUUUUACAAGCGUACACGCAAAAGAUAUUAAACGCGCCAAUCGUCCAACCGCCGUCGUUGUCGCGAAAAUCAUACGAUCCGGAAUCCGGCGAAUUCCUCGCCGUCCGAGCAGCGCGAGACGACGACGAUCAAAACGACGACGAUCUCUCUUUCAAACGUAACGCAAAUAAUGAUUUCUUCGCGCAAAGUUCGAUCACUUUAGCUUCUUUGAACGUUCAGCGUGCCAUUUGCUCGUUCGUAUUGAAAGAAAUGUCUAAUAAAUCAUCAUAA